CGCGCCCCUCGCGGGUUCACCGCGCCCUCCUCCUGCGGUGGAGGUCACCUGCGCGGGCCGGGGAGGGAGUCGCAUGGAGCCGGGGAGCAGAGGGUCACUUUCUGAGGACUCAGACCUUCUUGGUGCUGGAAACCCAAAAGCAAAUGGCAUGACCACUGUGCUGCUGACCAUUGCAUCCCAGGAGUCGUUGAUGAUCAGGGAUAUGGCUGAGGCUCUCACCCAGUGGGGGCAACUGAACCCUCCUCAGGGAGAUGUGCCUGAGAAGCAUAGGAAUCUAGUGUUGCUGGGGCUUCCAAUUUCCAAGCCUGAUGUAAUCUCUCAGUUGGAGUGUGGGGAGGAGCCAGAGAGAGAAGUCUCAAAAGCAACUAGGCCAGACAGGGAGACAAGACCAGGAAGCAAGGAGCUAACUCCAGAGCAGGGCAUUUCUGAAGAAGAAUCAGCCCCUGGGGUGUUAAUAGCAAGAUUUCCAAAGGACACUUCCAGUGAAUGUGAAGAUUCUUUAGAGAGUCAGUGGGAAAACCAUGAGAAACAUUUAAAACAAGAGGUUGUCACUCAGAAGAAGUCUUCUGGGGAGAGAGGUUACCAGUGUGAUGAAUCUGGAAGAAAUUUUAAUUGGAGGUCAUUACAUGUUCAGCAGCAAGGAGACAGACUAUAUAAUCGUGAGUCAUUUAAAAAGAACUUAAAACAGAAUUCAGAUCUAACGAGGCAUGAGAAGAUUUGUGCAGCAAAGAAGCCUUGGAAGUGUAAUGAGUGUGAGAAAGCCUUUAGUUACUACUCAGCUUUUGUCUUGCAUCAGAGAAUUCACACAGGAGAAAAACCUUACGAAUGUAACGAAUGUGGUAAAGCCUUUAGCCAGAGCAUACACCUUACUCUACACCAGAGAAUUCAUACUGGAGAGAAACCCUAUGAAUGUCAUGAAUGUGGGAAAGCCUUCAGUCACCGCUCAGCCCUUAUUCGGCAUCAUAUAAUUCAUACUGGAGAGAAACCCUAUGAAUGCAAUGAAUGUGGGAAGGCCUUUAAUCAGAGUUCGUAUCUCACUCAACAUCAGCGGAUUCAUACUGGAGAGAAACCUUAUGAGUGUAAUGAAUGUGGGAAGGCCUUCAGCCAAAGCACGUUCCUUACCCAGCAUCAGGUCAUUCACACUGGAGAGAAACCGUAUAAGUGUAAUGAAUGUGGAAAAGCCUUCAGUGAUCGAUCAGGCCUUAUUCAGCACCAGAGAACUCAUACUGGGGAGAGGCCUUAUGAGUGUAAUGAAUGUGGGAAAGCCUUUGGCUACUGUUCAGCCCUCACUCAACACCAGAGAACUCAUACUGGGGAGAAACCCUAUAAAUGCAAUGAUUGUGCCAAAGCCUUCAGUGACCGCUCAGCCCUUAUUCGUCAUCAGAGAACACACACUGGAGAGAAACCUUACAAGUGUAAGGAUUGUGGGAAAGCAUUCAGCCAGAGCUCAUCUCUUACAAAGCAUCAGAAAACUCACACUGGAGAAAAACCCUAUAAAUGUAAGGAAUGUGGAAAAGCUUUCAGCCAGAGUUCAUCCCUUUCCCAACAUCAGAAAACUCAUGCUGGAGGGAAAACCAGGGAAUAUGGAAAAUCCUUUAGUGAGCGUUCAGCCUUUGGCCAGCAAAAGAGAAUUCAUACUGGAUAAAAACUAUAUAAAUGUAGUACAUUCAGAGCAUAUUUAUUGAACAAUUACUAUACAUGCUGUGAGGGCUACGAAGGAAUUUAAGACUGUGUUACAAAAAAGAUAUUAAUUGAGAAAUCAUUGAUAUGGGACAUAGCUUACUUAGAAUACGAAAGAGGAGUUUUACAUUUUUUAAAAUGUCCUAAUGGAGGACAUUGUGAAUUUCCCUGGGGAAAGAAGAAAAUUAUUUCUAACAUCCUAAUGUAUAUGUAAGCUACCAAAUCCUUGAGAGAGAAAUAGGGUAUGCCGAGAUGGAAAGAGGAUGUCUUUGCUGGGCUAGGUGGUCUCAUAAUGCUAAAGGGGUGAAGUUUUAAAGAAUAAGUGCUACUUUUAGGGAAAUUGCAGGGGUAGAAAUCAAGAGAUUGAAAAUUCACAGUGAGUUUGUCCAGGGUUGGGAGUGGUGCUGGAAGGGAAGUUGUCCUUGGUCUUAAGUACAAGGACAUUUAGGAGAUAGAUGGAAAGGAUAGAGAAAAAGAGCUGGGAGAAUGAACUCAAGGAACGUUGAUUGAGAUAACUACUCAAGUGAGUACUCACAACCAGGAAAAAUAUUUGUCAGACUUGUUAGUUGGUCAGUUGCAAAGUUUCCACCCUGAAGCCGAGGAAUAUUGGCCUGGCAGUCUGCUUCUGCACUGUUUGUCUUUUAGACCUUGUUUACUGAGACGUUGCCUACUAAGAAUCAUGUUAACUCUAAGGGCCAAGACUGACAGCCUAGAAAGGGAGAGUACAGAAGGGACCUUUGAUGUUUUCAGUCAGUUUUAAGCUAUCUGAGUUACCUGAGAAGGUGCUUAUUUAUAAAGAUUUACCUCAGUUGUAUGUAGUUUGUACCUUAGGCUUUUUCAUACCAUAGUAAAAUUUAGUUGUAGACCUGAA